GGAUAAAACUUGCGCUUUUUCUUUUCUCAUGCGCACGCCUUUCUCUUCAACGCCACUUCUCUCUUCCGCCCCUUCCUCUUCCAACUCCGAUCUGUUGCCUCCUUCCGAUCUGCAACGCCACUGGCGCCGUCGGCUUCGCCUUCGCCUCCGUCACCUCUUUCGCCUCUGACAACUUUUGCAGGUCAAAUGGGGGAAGAAGAAAUAAGAGAUGAUGGGUUAAAUAAUCAGAAAGAGACCGUUGAAUUGGCCUCUGAGUCUGCUGCAACAGAGGAUAUAGACAUGAAUCAAGCAGAAGACAGUAAUGCUGAAGAAGAAGAUGAUGAUGAUGAUGAUGAUGAUGAUGAAGAAGAAGAAGAAGAUUCAGAGGAGCCAUAUACAUUAAGAUUUGAAGGGGAUAUAGAUCCCUUGGCUCUCACAGAGGUGGAUGCUUUUGGAGUUGAGCCUUAUGAGUGUUUGGAACGCAUGGAGAAUGAGUAUGAAGCCUUGGCUGCUAAAAAGCGUAAAGCAAACCUCAGUUACAACCAUGAAGGAAUGCCACCAGAAAAGAAGUUGAGACAAGAGGAUUUCCCUGGUGCAAACUUUGAAGAAUUAUUGGCGGAAAUGACAUAUGGAAUGAGAAGAAAAAGAAAGAUUAAGAAAAGAGGUAGGAGGAAGGGAUCAAAGAGAAAAAUUAGUCCAGAAAUUACACGAAAAUUAGGUGAUGCUACACUCUUGUAUGCACAUGGGCGAUAUGAGGAGGCCAUACCUAUACUGAGGGAAAUCAUUCGUGUUUCACCGAAUCUGCCUGAUUCAUACCAUACACUUGGUCUUAUAUAUAAUGCCAUUGGGGAUAAAAUGAGAUCCGUUAACUUUUAUAUGAUUGCUGUACAUUUGACACCCAAGGAUGCAUCUCUCUGGAAGCUACUUGUUACUUGGUCUAUGGAACUAGGGAACCGUGAACAGGCCUGGCAUUGUCUUGACCGAGCAAUAAGGGCAGAUCCGGAAGAUGUGAGUCUUAGAUAUCACCGUGCCUCAGUUCAUGUUGAGCUUGGAAACUAUCAGAAGGCUGCUGAAUCAUAUGAGCAAAUCUGGCAACUUCGUCCUAAAAAUGUUGAAGCAUUGAAGACAGCAGCAAUGAUGUACCAAAGAUGUAGUCAGCAUGAACGCAUUGUCAGCAUUCUUGAAGAGUAUUUGAGAAAGAACCCAAAAGAUGCUGAUCUGAGCGUGGUUCAGUUAUUGGCUUCAAUGCAUAUGUUGGGAAAUGCACAUGACAAAGCUCUUCACCAUAUUGAGUAUGCACAACACAAUUAUUCUGCUGGUAAAGACUUACCUGUUGAGCUGUUGGUUCAAGCAGGGAUAUGCCAUGUUCAUCUUGGAACCAUGGAAAAAGCACAGGCUUUCUUCGGUGUGUUCACACAUGAGACUGUAAAUGAUUAUUCUCACUUAAUUAUUGAAGCUGCAGACUCAUUAAUGAUUGCAAAGCACCAUGAAUCCGCAUUGAAGUACUACCUGAUGUUAGAAGGGAAUGAUGGUGUCAAUAAAGGACUACUUUAUUUUAACAUCGGGCGUUGUUACUCUUUCCUAAGCUCAACAACACAAGCAAUUGACUACUUCUACAAAGCUCUACAUGAACGUGAAGACAACAUUGAUGCUAGGUUGGAACUAGUGUCAGUUUUGUUAUUAGUAGAUAAGGAAGAUGAAGCCAUUUCUGUACUUUCUCCACCUUCUGAUUCAGAAUCAAGAGUUGAUGGAACCUCUGAUGCCGAUGGGGUUGGGGUGAUGAAACCUUGGUGGACUGACAAAAAUAUAAAGUUAAAGCUUUGUUAUAUUUAUAAAUCCAAAGGUUUGACCGAAGCAUUUGUUGAUGCAAUAUUUCCAUUGGUUCGUGAAACAUUGUUUCUUGAAACUAUUCAACGAAAGGUUAGACCAAAGAAAAAGCUACCAAAAAGUGAGCUGCAUAAAAGAGUUGAGGUAUUAGAUGAACAUCAACCUGACAAUUUAUUUCAAGGAUUCCGCCCUAUUGCUUCUUCUUCAGAUCUGUCGAAAGCUUCUAGAGCAAAGAAGUUGCUGAGGAAAAAAGCAAGAGAAAGAGAAGAAAGGCGAGCUGCAGCAUUGGCUGCUGGAGUUGAGUGGCAUAGUGAUGAAUCAGACGAUGAUUCUCCUGUAUAUAGAGAACCUCCCCUGCCUAAUCUCUUAAAGGAUGAAGAACAUCAUAUGCUCAUUGUAGAUCUAUGCAGAGCAUUAGUAUCAGUGCAAAGAUAUUGGGAAGCACUUGAAAUUAUCACUUCAACUCUUAAAUUGGCACAAAACAAUCUAACAACAGACAAACAAGAGGAGCUUCGUUCACUUGGAGCACAGAUAGCCUAUAAUAUUGAUGGUCCCACGAAUGGAUGGGAUUGUGCCCGAUACAUCAUUACCCAAAAUCCUUAUAGCUUUGCAGCCUGGAACAUCUACUAUAAAAUUAUGUUAAGAUCGAGGCUGGAUAAGCAUAAUAAGUUUUUGCUUGAAAAGCUUGCAAAACAUGAGGAUUGUGUGCCAGCACUUUUAAUAAAAGGACAUGUAUUUACAAUGCAUAGCCAGCAUCAAGUAGCUGCAAGAUAUUACCUGAAAGCUUAUAGAUUGAUGCCAGAGAAUGCUUUGCUAAAUCUUUGUGCUGGAACUGCCCUAAUCAAUCUAGCCCUUGGAUUGCGACUUCAUAACAAGCAUCAAUGUGUCUUGCAAGGCUUAGCUUUUCUCUACAACAAUCUUCGCCUUUCUGAUAACAGCCAGGAAGCUUUAUACAACCUAGCACGAGCCUAUCACCAUGUUGGUCUUAUUUCACUUGCGGCUACAUGCUAUGAGAAGGUGCUUACAAUUCAUCAAAAAGAUCACCCAAUCCCAAAGCUCCCGAAUGAUGGUCUACAACCCACACAUGACUUAAAACCCGGAUACUGUGACCUUAAAAGAGAAGCAGCUUAUAAUUUGCACCUUAUUUAUAAAAAUAGUGGGGCCAUGGAUCUUGCCAGACAGGUGCUUAAGGACCACUGUACUCUUUAACUUAUGACCUAUGUAUGUAUGUAUGUAUAUAACUCUUUGACUUUACUACCAUACAAUUUUUGCUCUUUGUUGGCUUUUGGUUACACUUUAUUAAGACGUAGGAUAAGUGGUUAUGUUAACAGGAAAGUGUAUGCAACAUGUGUUGUGGCUUUGUUAGAAAAGUAAACAAAUAACACCUUAAUACAUGGA